AUGUGGUUAACAAAAUCGUACUCGUUCAUAAAAACAAGAAUAGAUUAUCAUAUCAGGAAACCUCCUCAGGUAUAGGAGGGACAAUAAGAAAUAGUUCAAUAACCAAGCCCGAAUUAAAAGUGUAAAUAGAGAUCAGUAAGUGCUAAUAGUAAAAUGAAAAUCAACAUAAUAAAAGUAUAAGAGUAUUUGAUUGUUAGGAUUUCUACAAGCUCUCAAAGGAUGAUCAGUACAUUUAUAACUCUAUCGAGAUAAAUGAUAUUACUUUCAUCGAAUAAGCGACGAAGGACAAUAGAACUCUGGAGAAGAAUGAUUGGUAAAUUAUCCUAAAAAAUAAAUCAUUCUCAGGAUACAAGGUUCAAUAAAUACAUUAAUCGAUUAUGUUGUAGACAAUGGAAUAUGACAUGUAAAUGAUAGAAUUAGUUGUAGACGGAGACAAUGGUGGAUCUUUGUCAGUAAUCAAGAAUAGAACAAGAAGGAACUAAGAAAUCAGAGUUAUUAAAAAUUGAAAAAGGCAGACACUCUGCAUAAGAUUCAGAUUGAGAAGGAUGUGGCAAGGACAAUCAUACACGAUAUGUUUAAAUAAGUAUGAGUUUUGUUAUAGAAUAGCAUGAAAAUUAAUAAUCAUUAAAAAAUAUUCUAAUCGCAUAUGCGAAUUAUGAUAAAGAGCUGGGGUAUGUUUAAGGACUCAAUAUCAUAGUAGCAAAUCUAUUAGUUUGUUAUGAUUUAAGUGUUAAUGAUUAAUAAUUAAAUGAUUUUGAAGUUAUGGAUGAGGAAAGGGAUGAAACGGUGUUCUUUAUCUUCUUAUACAUAAUGAAGGAUCAAAAUUGGCGAGUGGUAUUUUUGGAGGGUUUUGAAGGCUUAAGACUCAAGAUAGAUGUGCUUGAGUAGAUGAUGAAAAAAAAGAUACCUGNUAAUAGGAACCAAUAAAACACUUAAUUAGAAAUAUAUCCUUAAAUGUUAGAACUAAAGGGGAUUAAAAGGUUGUUCAAUAAUUUCGAGCAGGAACAGUUGAGUUGAGAGAAACCUGUAAAUAUGACAAAUCAAUUUAAUUGGUGAUUAGAAAAUGAAUAUUCUCAACAUUCCUUAGAGAAAUUAAUGGCUGUUUCUAAAAGGAACUAAGAUUGUAGAGCUUGGUUGUGUUAGCAUUUAAAAAAAGAGGGUGAAACUUACUCAGUAGGAUCAUUUGAAGAUACAAAGGGAUGUGCAAUUGAUGGAAGGGGAAUCAUUGUAUCUUUUGAAGAUAUUGAGUUGGAUGGGAGGAUGGGAUGA